CGCUGCCUCCCUGCCUGCCUUCCUCCCUUCCUUUCUCCCUCCCUCCUCUCCCCCCUAACCCCCGCUCCCUCCUUAUCAGCAAUUCAGAUUGCAUGCAAAUCUGCGCGCUUUCUUCCAGGGCCGCGGCGGCGAGCGCCGAGCGCUCCUCCAGAUCUCCUCCUCCUGGGAUUUUCCUCCUUCUCCCCUCCCCUCGCUCCCUCCCUCCCUCCUCUCUUUCUUUCCUCCUUUUUCACCUCCUGGAACAAAAGUGGCCCUUUGGGCUGCGCCGGCGCUGCCUUGCGAGCGCGGCCGCUUUGUCUGCCGGGGUCAGCGGCGCCGCCACCGCCACCGCCAUGGGGACACGGCGGGCGCUGGCAGCGCUGGCACUGCUGGCGCUGGCGCUGGCCAGCUGCCCCGAGCGGGAGCUGGAGCGCCGGGAGGAGGAGGCCAACGUGGUGCUGACGGGCACGGUGGAGGAGAUCAUGAACGUGGACCCGGUGCACCACACCUACUCGUGCAAGGUGCGGGUCUGGCGCUACCUGAAGGGCAAGGACAUCGUCACCCACGAGAUCCUGCUGGACGGGGGCAACAAGGUGGUCAUCGGGGGCUUCGGGGACCCGCUGAUCUGUGACAACCAGGUGGCCACGGGGGACACGCGCAUCUUCUUCGUCAACCCCGCGCCGCAGGCGCUGUGGCCGGCGCACCGCAACGAGCUCAUGCUCAACUCCAGCCUGAUGCGCAUCACGCUGCGCAACCUGGAGGAGGUGGAGCACUGCGUGGAAGGUGAGGACCUUUUUUGGGGUUUUUGGGGCUCCAGCCUGAUGCGCAUCACGCUGCGCAGCCUGGAGGAGGUGGAGCACUGCGUGAAAG